AUGUCGAGACAACUGCAACUCUUCGAUGAGUACAAAAUGAAGCUGAAGAGCUUUAUAGGAGAGAAGAGAGCGGAUUCUGUCGUUGCCAACGGCCUGUAUGUCGUGUCUGCAGGGAGCAACGACAUUGCGAACACCUAUUUUCAUACCUUGACCCGGCUAUUUGACUACAGCGUUUCUUCUUACACGGAACUUUUGGCGCGCUCGGCCUCAUCCUUCUUGCAGUCAUUCCCAACAAGAACUCUGGCCGGCGGAAUCGAGAGGAGAUGCACAGAGGAUUACAACCAGAUGGCCCAACUGCUCAACUCGAAGUUGACAUCAGAGUUGCAUCGCCUCAACGGAGCCUUCCCUCGUGCCAGGAUGGCCCUUAUCGACAUCUACGGCCCCUUACUUGACAUCAUGAAGAAUCCCAGGAAAUAUGGAUAUGUGUUCUGGGACAGCUUUCAUCCCACGGAAAAUGUCUACAACAUUCUGGUCCAUGGCCUGCUGGGGAAGGUCCUGGUCGACCUAUACUCGUGA